AAAACAUGUGUAACAUUUGUAUUAUUUUUUGUAUUUUUUUCUCUUGGAUUAAUAACUUCUGCUUGUAUAUGGAAAAAAUGUGGUGAUUUCUGUUUUAUUUUUGAGUUAUAUUAACAAAUUGUUGAAUCAGAAUUUGAAAGAAGUUUCUUUGAAAUGAACAUUUGGAUAUUGUAAAUUAUUCAAUGUAACUAAAUAUUGAUUUUUGUAUUUGUGGUGCUAAAUGAACAAAUGAUAAUGUUGUAUUUCCACUAUUGAAUACUGAUGAUAUCGUAAUGAUAAACUUUUCAUUUGUAUCAUAGAAAAACAGCUGCCAGAAUAGCAGCACUGAGCUCUUACACUAUGAUGAGUUCUGUGGGUGUUUUCUCACUGGGAGCUUCUGAGGGCAGUAGUGAAAAAAUAGUGAUAAAUGUCGGUGGGGUAAAACAUGAGACCCACAAGAGCACCCUAAUGACCCUUCCGGGCUCCCGCCUUGCCCAGCUGGUGGACACUGAGAAGCCUCCUUCAGAGCUGUUUUUUGAUCGCCACCCUGAAGUCUUCACUCACGUGCUGCAGUAUUAUAGAAGCGGGAAGCUGCACUGCCCCACCAACUUGUGCGGUGUGUUGCUGGAAGAGGAGUUUGAUUUCUGGGGUAUCAGCGGCACAGAUGUGGAGCCCUGCUGUUGGGCGGCAUUUCGACAGAACAAAGAUGCUGUAGAGGCUUCGGCUCAGAUUGACCCUUCAGUGAUGGAGAAUGAACAAUUCAGCCAUAAAGCUUGGCAGCUGAAGAUAUGGGCUCUCUUUGACAACCCGCUUUCAUCCGUUAGAGCCAAGGUUGUUGCGGUCGUAUCUCUGUUCUUCAUCCUGCUCUCUAUCACUGCAUUCUCUCUGCAGACACAUCUGGCUAUAAAUCCUCAGCAAAUGUAUGUGGUAUCGGCAGACAACUCAAGUGAGAAUUUCAUCGAGAAUGUUUCUGUACUACCUAGAGUUCUGGAUGCGGUGGAGUUAAUCUGUUUGAUAUGGUUUGUGUUUGAGUUUGUGAUGCGUGCAGUCAGCUGCCCGAGCAAACCGCGCUUCUUCAUGAACGUUAUGAACAUCGUCGACUUGCUUGCCCUGUUCCCCUGGUUCUUCCGGUGGUGUUCAGGGACAUACUGCGCCAAAGCAUUGGGCUUUCUGCAUGUGAUGCGAUGCAUACGUGUCCUUCACGUCUUCAGUCUGAUGCAGCAUGUGUUCGGUGUGAGAGUUCUCAAACACACGCUCCGCGCCAGUGCGACGGCUCUCUGCACGGUUCCUCUUAUACUCUUCAGCUGCACGCUCAUCUUCGGUACCAUGGCUUAUUACGCAGAAUUCAAUUAUAUUGACUCUUCGUUUGUUGACAUUCCCUCCAGUUGUUGGUGGGCAGUGGUCACACUGACCACUGUGGGUUAUGGAGACAUGUAUAUCGUAACAGUUCCAGGCAAGUGUGUAGCCAUUCUCUGUGCAAUGGUCGGGGUUCUGCUCAUCAUCGUUGUGCCCAUAAUCGUCAGCAACUUCAUCAAGUUCAACUCCUUGCUCAGGACAAAGUAUUCAAUGGCCAGAAAGAAGGAGAAGAUCAGUGUCCAUACAGCCUCCUCGUCUUCCACUUAGAGCUGCUAAAUAGAAACAGAGAAUCUGAGUUGACUGGAGAAAGAGCCACCAAACUCUUAAACUGGAGGAAAAACAUCAGUGUUACACAUCAUUCACACAGUUUUUUGUUUAACAUUUUGCAGAGCAUUAAGCUCAUUUUGAUCAAUGUGAUAUGAAAGC